AUGCUAAUAAUUAUAUUAAUACCACUACUGGUCGCUGCAGAAUGGGUGGAGAUAGCACAGAACAAUUACAAAAAAGAAACAUAUAACACAAUGACACCGUUAUUUGAAGAAAGCACCAAGAAAAAUACUAUUUACAGAAAUCAUUCUUUUUCAAACCCACAAUGGAGUAAAGGUUACGUACAUAGAGUUCCUAGCACUGGAAACGUUAAAAGGCUAGAUGGAAUUGAAAGAAAACCCAGUGUAAAAAUUGAAAGGAAUCCAUUUUUUCAUGGCGACUUAAAAACUACAGAAAAACCAAAACGUAGAUUUGAAACUAACAGGCCAAAAUCCGUAAAACCUGUAAAAGUAGAUAAAAAUAAUGCAUAUCCAGACAACGUUUCCCAUGAUCAGAGGGAAUAUAUUCGACCAGCUUCCAAAAUAGACUUUAAUCGAAUGACUCAAACUACCCCUGUGCGUAAAUUAGUUUUUAGUGAUGUGAUGAAUAAUCAAAAUCAAAAUUUUAGAACUACGGCAUCGCAAAAUAUAAAUUCCGAAAGAGCCCCAGACACUGAUAAAAUUAAUCUUAAAACAACAUACCUAGAUUCCAAAGAUCCACUGGAAACGUUGCAGAAAGAUUUUAAGAAAAAAAAUGAAGAAAAAAAAUUUGAUGAAAUAAAGGUUGAAGCAGAAAAAUCCACCACUUUAUCUGGCACCUAUAAAAAAGAUGUACGAAAUAAAGUUAAUGAAAACAAAAACGGUAAUGAACAAAAGCAGACCAAAACGCAAAAUAUUAAAGUAAAUGAAAAGAAAACGAGUGUAAUUGAAACGUUGACGAAAUUCUUAAACAUAGUUACGCAGACGAUAAAUCAAAGUACACGAAGAAGUUUUAAAAGCAAAGUUAGAUAUUUAGAGAAUCUAAAAAAUACUUUAUUAACGAGUAUAGAAUCCCGAAUAGACUCAGCCUUCCCAGAUGAUGACACUGUUGAACAUCGACAGCGCCGAUUCGCAGGAGUGGAAUCACGUGGACAUGUCGAAGUUCCUUCAUCAGAAAGUGCUCUCAUGACUAUAUCUUUCCUUACCUUCGCGGUUUUCCUCAUCAAACUCGUUUUGCAAGUGAUACAUACCUACAAAGCUAAAACGAUGAUGAUGUCUCCGGCGGUCUUUGCCACAGUUGGAAGGGGAGCAGCAAAAAUGAAGAAGUUCACACGCAACUAA